AUCGUGUGUGUGCGUACCGCCUCACCGCGCGACACACGCUGCACGUUGACCGAAGCCGCCCGCGAUGAUGCUCGCUCUCUGCGCCCUGUUCCUCGCGGCCGCCGCUCUAACGGAUGCCAAGAUGGAAAUCAUUACCAAUGCUCAGGAUUUUGAACUAAAGACUCAGAUUCUCCUUCUUUGUAAAGCUGGUGCUGAGGGAGACAUAACAUGGCAGAAAGAUGGAGAAGAUGUGAAUGAAGAACAUUUCAAAGUUGAAAAAGUGGACGAAACCUCAUCUAAGCUGAUAAUUAAGUCAGCCUCUCUGGCAGACAGCGGACGAUAUAAGUGCAUUUGUGAAUAUGACACGGGGCACACUGAUCAAGUAGAGAUAAACAUCUACGUCUACCAGAAGCCCACAUUCAGUGGAACCAAAACCUAUCAUGAGUUUCUGGUUGGACAAAAGGCCAACAUUCCCUGCAUCGUGACUGGGCUACCAGCAGUAGAUGUGAAGUGGCAAAGGAAUGGCCACGAUAUCACUGAUGAUCGGGUGAAAGUCUUGAACGAUAACAGCCUGCAAAUCCUUGACAUCCGACGGGAAGACCGGGGGGCCUAUGUAUGUGAGGGCAAAAUUCGCAGCCGUCCCAUCUCAAAGACCCUCACCAUUUCCGUUGUGGUUAAUGCCCUCCCUGAGGUAAAAAUUCAUGAGAAGUUAAAAAAUGUUUUGGCCGGGCCUCAAAAUAACGUGUCUCUUAUCUGCCUGGUGUCUGGAGAACCAACCCCAAAUAUCACGUGGACUAGCCCUCUGACAUCAGACACGAGCCGCUAUAUAUUCAACUCUGACAAGAGCGAGCUGACCAUCCCAUCUGUGGUGAGACUGGACUACGGAGAGUACACCUGCACGGCAACCAAUAAGAUUGGAGAGGCAAGCGCCAGCCUCAUGCUCGAUGUCUCAGUGCAUCCCAAUGUAACUCUGACAAAGAAGGUUAUGGAAGUGCAGCCUGGUCAUCCUGCCUCUGUGACUUGUCGGGCUGCUGGUCAUCCAGAUCCCACAACUCUGUGGGUGAAGAAAGGCACCAAUGAGGAACUGACUUCAACCACAGGACGAGUAAAGGUUGAGGGAUCUACUCUGCAGAUCGAGAAAGUAGUUCCCUCUGACGGCGGCUUGUAUACCUGCAUAGCUCAGAACUCUGCUGGGAACGACAGCAAAGACUUCAGCCUGGAAACUUGGCCAGAUAUCCCUACAAAUGUCACUGUGACAGAAGGCCCCAGUUCAGUUAAUUUCUUCCUACCGACAUCUUUAGUGGACGGAGGCUCUCCUGUCACCCACUAUAUUUUACAGUGGAAACAGAAGGGUGAUGCCAAGUGGUCCCAAAAUAUCAUUCCAUCCACAGAACCUGUUGUGAUCACCUCUCUAAAUCCUUAUACCACCUACACUGUCCGGAUUGCUGUCCAGAAUCACAUUGGCCAGGGCAGAUUCUCCUCAGAGUAUUCUCUCCGAACGCUCGCCAGACAAGGAGAGCCUGACAGCCCCAUUCUGGCCAUCAGUGAGAGCAAAAUAGAAAACAACUCUUUUUCCCUGCCUUUCAAGAAGCCUGAACAUGGAGCCUCACCAAUCCUCCGCUUUGUUGUACGCUAUAGAACGGAAGCAGCUGAUGAUGACUGGCGGGAAAAAAGGCUUCCCUCCAACACCUCUGUAAUAGUCCUGUCUGAUCUCCAGUACAACACCAGUUACCUCGUGGAGGUCAUUGCUGCUAAUGCUAACGGGCUCUCAUACCCUGCAUUCUACAACUUCACCACACCUCUGCUUGUCAUCGCCAAACCUGUAAAGUCUGGGCUGGGGAAAGGAGGAGUUGUUGGUAUCGUCAUGCUCAUCUUCUUGGUUCUGCUGAUUGCUGUGGAUGCCACUUGCUGCUACAUGAACAACUGCGGUAUACUCAUGUUCCUGACCGUCAAGCUUCUAGGUCGAAAAGCCGUGGUCACCAAGGGCCUGGAGCAAGGCGAUGCAGAAAUCUCCACUGUAGACAUGAAGUUGAAAGGGUUAAGUACUCCAAGGGGGAGUAUCCCAAAACUGCAUCUUCCCAAUGGGCCAAAGAAUGGGGCUCAGGUGGAAGUCACAUGCGACAAAGCGCCUCUCACCAAAUUCGAGAAACUUCCGCCCAGCACCAUCCCUUCCGCAGAUGCAUGAGAUGCUGGAGAGGAACUGAUGUCUUAGCAGGAAAAACUGAGGAAAGCAAUCAGCAGUUCUGGCUGAGGGUUCACAGUUGGUAUUACAGCAACUUUGACACUGUGAUAAUGGGAACAAUAAACGUUGUAUAAAGACAGGGAUUUUUUUCUCUGUUACCCUUCGCUUUGUAAGUUUACUUAUGUUCCUUUGAGUACAAAAGGCUAUAAACUUUAAUGUGUAAAUAACUGUACAAAAUUGUGCAAUUAAUGAUUUUUCUAAACUUAUUUGACUUAACACUGUCUUGCAGUGUGUCUUUUCUCGUGUAUUUUUAGUUUUGCUGUAAUUUCAACCUAUAAAUAUAUAAUUUAUUUUUGAAAUUCCAUAUUUCCGAACUAAAAAGAUUUCUUCGUAUUUAAUUUUGUCAAGCACAAUGAACAUAUAAUAAAAGUAUGCAUUUGAAUGGUAA